CUGAAACCCGCCGCUCCUGCCGCCCGGGUGGGAGCGGGCCCGCGGGGCUGGAGGCCGGGCCCACCCCGCGCCCAUCCCUAGGCUCCGGGGAACUUGGAUUACCGAGGCCGGGGCCCGGCGCGCACAGGAGCGCACAGCAGCCCUGGAAGCCGCGUCCGGGGCGCAGGACCACGGGGACCUGGUCCUUCCCGGCCACCUAAAGACCUGUUCCCCCGGGAAGGCGCCGGCGGCGGCUCUGGGAUUCGGGAGGAGCUCGCCGUCCGCCCGGGCCCCGCGCUGGGCGCUCUCCGUUUGCGCCCCGGCGGCGCAGGGGGUCCUGAGCGGCGCGUUCGCCUCUGCUCUGGGGCUGGGGCGCGGAGAGCGGAGGGCUCUUCCCUGGGGUUCCGGGGGCCCCGAGCCGCUCACGCGGUCCUCCCUGGAGUCCUCGCGCCCCUCGCCGUGCUGGUCUCGAGAGGCUCGCUGGCGUGCAGUCAUCUGAGGAGUUCUCCACUGCUUUGGUUUCUUCUCUGAUUUGGGGACAGUUCCCGCCAACGACGCUUGACGCGCCUUUUCCUUUUUUCGCGGGCGGGCUGGCAUCCCGUGUCGCCGGAGCCUGCGGGAAUCCUGUCUCUGUUCGCUGACCCUUAAGGCUCUCUCCGCUUGGCGUGCCUCCUCCUAGCCACUCGCCUCGAGGGCAGGGUGCAGGCGUGACUCCUUUUUGCCCCUCUUUUGAGGGAGUGCGGUCGCCGAGGGGGACACCAGCCUCCUAGGGGCUCUUUGUGCGUGGCGGGAUCGGACCACCGGCCAUGGCCUUCACUUUCGCUGCUUUCUGCUACAUGCUGUCCCUGGUGCUGUGCGCUGCGCUCAUCUUCUUCGCUAUCUGGCACAUAAUUGCCUUUGACGAGUUAAGAACCGAUUUUAAGAGCCCCAUAGACCAGUGCAACCCUGUGCAUGCGAGGGAACGGCUGAGGAACAUCGAGCGCAUCUGCUUCCUUCUGCGAAAGCUGGUGCUGCCAGAAUACUCCAUCCACAGCCUCUUCUGCAUCAUGUUCCUGUGCGCUCAGGAGUGGCUCACCCUGGGCCUGAAUGUCCCUCUGCUUUUCUAUCACUUCUGGAGGUAUUUCCACUGUCCGGCAGAUAGUUCUGAACUAGCUUACGACCCGCCGGUGGUCAUGAACGCGGACACCUUGAGUUACUGUCAGAAGGAGGCCUGGUGUAAGCUGGCCUUCUAUCUCCUCUCGUUCUUCUACUACCUUUACUGCAUGAUCUACACUUUAGUGAGCUCUUAACUCAAAGACCACACACGUCAUCCGAGACUGGGAUGGGAGAGGCACGAGACUGCGAGUCUACUUCUGCCGGUGACUGGAGAAGGGACCAGAGCGGGAUGUGUGAGGAAGACCCGGCAGACACCCCGAGGGACUCAGGACUGGAAUCACGCAGCAGCCGGCGGGCCGAGUUAACCGUGCGCGUGUUGUGACCCUGUGUGUCACAGUCUUUGGCCUUCGUAUCCCACAGCCAGGUUGUUGAUCCCUUCUGAGCGAUAAGGGCCCGGAGGAGUGGGUGACGAAACACUAAACUCCUGAGCAAGAGUGGCUGCUUCCUGAAUCCACGUCAUCGAACAGCUCCCUGCAAGUUCACACUGAGUUCCUGGACUGUGGAGGGGAGGCUGGAAGGUGUCUGCUGAGGAACAGACUGACCCAGGGUCAAGGCUGAGUCUGUGGGACCCGUUGAAGGCCUCGAGGAUGCUGUGGGCUCUUCUUGUGUCUCUUCCAAGCCCUGGCCAGGCCCUUCAGCCCGGCGGGAGGGGCUGGAAGGUGUGUGGUGGGCUUUCUGCUGUCCUGGCCCUGAGCCCGCAGCCCUGUCUGUUUUCACGCUGUGCUGUGUGGAGCCCCGCUUAGCCCCGGAGCUGCGUUUGGGGCAGUGUGUUGGGAGAGAGUUCUGUUCAGAGUCACGUGAAUGGGGGGUGUCCUGGGGAGGGGGAGUCAUAGGAAAAUGAUUUUUUUUAAAUGUUUCCUACCUGUUCAAAGUGUUAGUUCUUUACCACAACCAAGUGUGUUCUUGCCGCUCAAAGCCAUCGCGGAGUCAUUGAAAGCAAAUCAAUUGGUCAUCUCUAGUCUGUGAAGCUACCUUCUUUUAAGGAUCCUAAAGCAGUUCCCAGGCUGGAAAGUGCUGGCGUGUCUGCUCCCAACUGUGGGCAUCCGACAGCCAAGAAGCGAGACAGCAUAAUCGAGCUUCAUUCUAUGAUGCUGCAUCAGCCGUACUGUUUAGUUUAAUGCCAGGACAUUAGCUUAUUGAGAAUGUUCCAUUUGACGUUCUCUCCUUUUUUGGGUAGGAGUCGUGCUGAGGGGUUGUAAAUAAUGACAAGGCUGAGAUUUUUAUCGUGUUUAAAUUGGGCACAGUGAUUUUGACCUGAUUCUCCAAACCUCCCUUCCUUUCUUCCGUGUGACAGCCACAGGCUAUUUAUACAUGUACCCCGCUUCCGUCCGAACCCUGUGACUCAGGUUUAUGAAUGGUGUUUGUGUAACAGUCGUGUGCUAUGUUUAAAACGCCACAACAUCUGCAGUGUUUCACCUACCUGGCUGUCUCAUUUAAACCCCGUUACGGGCUGGUUUCAUCUCCAUAUGGGUGGUAAACUGGUAGGUAGAAAAAGCAAAGUUUCAAAAAGGCAUUUUGCUUCUAAAAAUUCUACAGAAAACAAAAUGCAGACUUCGGCUGUGAGGGCAAGAUGGAAAGCGGAGGAUUUGAGGCGAGGUAUUCGGGAGCAGGCGACCCCUUCCCCAUGGUCCCGCUGGCUGACUGGGGUGGGAGGGGACAGUUCCUAGCAGGGCUGGGUGGCCUCGUCUGUGACUCCAUUCCUGAGAGCACCAGUUACCUUCCUCCAGGGAAGCCAGCCCUGGGGUCCAGGCUGCAGACAGCAAAUCUCACCUCACCACUGUCUUGCAAAUGCCACCGAAUGGAGAGGGUGAAUGGGCUGCGUUACUUCUCGCCAUGAAGCUGCUUUGUUUGUUGUUUUAGAUUUUGCUUCCUUUCUAAAAGAUUUGAAGUGGCUUAUAAUAGCAGACACAAGUACAGAAAGACUGUUAACAUGGAGAUAGGAAAUUCAAGCUUAUUAAGGAGGAGGCCGCAGAGAUACCGAUGUCCCGAACGACUCUAUUUCCUGUGAUGGAGCUUUAAAUUUGGCAUCCUUUCUCUAGCAGGAAAUAUCAGGAAUUCACGUUUACGUAGUCCUUGACAUUUUACAUCUUUCUCAUGUUCUCAUUUGACCCUCCUCACAACCCUAUGAAGUUGAUACUUCUCUUUUUCCCAAGUGAGGAAGCUGAGGCUCCGAGAGGGUAAGUGACUUGGCUAUAGUCACACAGCAGUCACAGACCUACCUUUGAACACAGCUCAUCUGACUUUAAAAACGCCACGUCCUCUGCAUCACACCUACAAGCUGGCAGAGUAGCAGGGUCCUGGUAAGGUUUGGUCAGUAGCAUUAACUUUUUGAGAAAAGGAGAUUUUGAAAAUAGGAGCUGUAGAGGAAGUGCCUGGUUUCCUUGCCCUGUGUGCACCAGCCUCAGACUUGCUUUAGUGUGGAAGGUGGGCCUCUGAAAGCUUUUACAAGCUGCAGGUGCCUCUUAGGUGGUUCUUAUGUUUAUGAAAGAGAAGCGUCAAACAUUUCCCUCCCACAAGUUGUGCUGGGAGAUCAUUCCAGGGGUCUGUUGGGAGUCUGAGCCGAUUUUUAAUUCCUGGGAGAAGCUGAUCGUGAUAAGAAUGAGAGUCAUGGGCACACCUGGGGGAGCCUGUGUUGUGUGCCAGGCUUUAUGCCACGACCUGUCAGCCCUCACGUGGCUCCUAUGAAGCAGGCUGCAUGUGUCUGUUCCCCCUUUACAGAUGAGGAAGUGAGGGGCACUCGUGGAAGGUGAGCCCUCCCUGGGUGAACUAGCCAGAGCAGGAGAUCAGUGCUGCGAAUAAGUAACCAGAUAAUAACAAGAGCUGUAAGUUGAGGUGUCCAGCGUUAUUCUAAAUUCUUCAAGUGCUUCUGUGUGAUCCUCAUAAGGACACCGUGAGGUCGAUAUUAUCUCUGUUUUAUAGAUGCAGAAACUGCGAGAAGGUGAGUCACUAUCCAGGACCCACAGCUCGUAAGGGGGAUGCAUAGCCAUGGUUGGAAUUUAAGCCCAGGUCUGCCUCUUCUCACAGCAUCCGCCUGCUGCAAAAUCUUUGUCUCUCCUUGUUUCUCGUGCAGAAAUGAUCAGAGAGCGGAGGGGAGUGAAGCAGGAGGAACGGCACCCUGGAGAAAUCACAAAGUGAAUGUCUCCCGUGGUGAUGGGGAGCACUCCCUAUGAAGCACGAGGUUGGGCACACGGAGAGUUUCUCAGGGGGCACAGACGCCACGUGGAGGUGGUGGUGGUGGCGGCCUGGGUCCUAGUUCCUUAGAGAGGCAGAGUCGUAGGCCUGGCGUGGCUGUGCCCCGGGGGUCAGAUGGGGGGGGGGGAGUCACCUGAGCUUCCUUUUCUCUUUACUAAGUGAAGCGAAUAAUGGUGCCCACUGUACUGGCUUGUUGUCAAGACUAAAGGAGCUCAUAUUUGCCAAGAGCCUGGGAGGGUGCCCCGGACGUGGGGAGCACCACCUAACGCUUCGGAGGGGCGAGUCUCCCUGGGCGCCCUGACCCUGCCCUGUGCGCAUCCAGGGCAAGGUCCUCCGAAAGGCGGGGAGUCAACUGGCCAUGCGGGAAGGGAAGAUUCCCGGACCCAGCUGCCCUUCUGAGGCCCGUUCCCGUCUGUAGUCCCGGGGCUGGAGGUCAGGCUGUGACCUGAUGUGGCCACCUUUUGAUGCCGUGGUCUCUAACCAGUGCUGAUAACAACUGCUGUCGAAUGCUUGCCGCGUGCCAGGCUCUGUGCAGAGCACUUGACAAGCACGGUCUCGUUUAAUCCCCACAACACUGUUAUGAAGUCGGAACUAUUACCGUCCCCAAUUUACAGCUGAAAUACUAAAGCUUAUAGCAGUUAAACAAGUGAGCCAAGGUCACGAUCGCUAGUGCAUCGUGGAAGCUGGACUGCCACCCAAGUCUAUUUUUGCUCUGGGGCCUGGACCACUUUUGCCUUCCUGGGAGGUGAUGCAGCAUAGGGAGGGCAGCGGGAUGUGAGAAGGAAGAGAAAAGGGGAUGAAGGAGCGGCAGCGGGGGAGCCGUCCCAGAGGUGUGGCUCUGCCCACCUUGCGGGUUUCACAGCAAGCGACUCAGUGUAAAUGACUUUGUAAUCGGAAGGAUUUGAGCUGCGGGAUGUUAUGCAAGCUUCUUAACCUUUCUGAGACUCAGCUUUCUCAUCUGCAAAAUGGGGAUAAUAAUACCUCCCUUUCAGCGUGGUUGUGAUAAUCGAGGUAAACUAUGUACAGAGAGCCUGUCUCGUAAUGGGCGCCCCGCAAAUCUCGGUGCUCAGUGCCCCACUCCACUGCCCCUCCCUUCACAGAGUUGAAGGGAGGAUUGUGUAGAAUAAAAUGCUAAAAGGCUGCUCAUAGUAGCACGUGGCAACAUUCAA